AUGGCUGGUAGAGGUCAAAUCGACGGUUCAGCACGUGCAGUCCAGUAUCUAAAUCAAGAAGAUGCUGCUCUCGAAGUUGUCCAGAGGCCUAAAAUCGAUGUUCCUGUCGAUGUUGGAUACAAUUUACAGCGGUUCCUGAACCCUCACCUUCACGCCGAAGACCGACACUUGAGACCGCCCCAAUCUCCAACUCCACUCACUGAGGACGAAUCUCGUACCCGCAUGGCGGCUAUUCUUAGCUCCAUGGUAUUCGAUGCGGAACCAAAGAAGACUUGA